AUGGAUAAAAGCUUCGGAGCAUUAUAUAAUAAAUUAUCAAAUCUAUUUCAUUCCAAUUCUCCAACAACAACAACAACAACAACAACGAUGGCAUCAUCUGUACCUGAAACAGGUUCAUCAGUACCAUUAUCAACAUUUUUAGAUCGAAUAGUUCCAACAACAAAUAAUUCAUCAGCUAAUCAAUCUCAUCUGACAUCUCGUAUAUCUCGUCAAAUAUCAAUUAAAACAAAUGAAAAUCAAAAUAAUAAUACUAAACAAGAAAAUUCAAUUAAACAACAAGAUAAAGAUCAAAAAACUGAUCAAAAAGAAAAUUCAUCUCAAUCUCAACAUGAUGAAUCAACAACAUCUGUACCAGGCAUGGAUGAUGAAGAAUUUCGUCGUCGAGGAAAAGAAAUGAUUGAUUAUAUAGCUGAUUAUCUUAAAAAUAUCAAUGAUCGACGUGUUACACCUGAAGUUGAACCAGGUUAUUUACGACCAAUGUUACCAAAAAAUGCACCAGAAUCUAGUGAAAAAUGGGAUAAUAUAAUGAAAGAUGUUGAACGUGCAAUUAUGCCGGGGAUAACACAUUGGCAACAUCCACGUUUUCAUGCAUAUUUUCCAGCUGGAAAUAGUUAUCCAUCAAUACUUGGUGACAUGCUUUCAUCUGGACUUGGAAUUGUGGGUUUUUCUUGGGCAGCAAGUCCAGCAUGUACUGAACUUGAAACAAUUAUGCUCGAUUGGAUUGGUCGAAUGAUGGCAUUACCUGUUGGUUUUCUUCCAUUUGAUCCAAAUCGUGAUAAUAAAGAUAGUGAUGAUGAAGAAGAAGAGGAGGAAGAGGAGGAAGAAGAAGAAGAAGAAUCGUCUCCUGAAAGUGACGAUGAGUCAAGUGAAAAUAAUGUACAUGGUUCAAUAACUAAUGGAGAAACUAGUCAUGAACAAAAACAAUCGAGACAUAUUGGCGGUGGUGUUCUUCUUGGUUCAGCAAGUGAAUGUAUUCUUGUUGCAAUGUUGGCUGCUCGUACAAAGAAAAUAACAAGUAAACGUCUGGCUGAUCCAUUAAUGGAAGAUGGACAUAUUUUAGCUCGACUUGUUUGUUAUACAUCAAAACUCGCACAUUCAUGUGUCGAAAAAGCAGGUUUAAUUUGUAUGGUUCGUGUUCGACAAUUGGGUGUUGAUGAACAUUUUUCAUUACGUGGUAAAACAUUAGAAGAAUGUAUUCGAGCAGAUAAAGAAAAAGGAUUAAUACCAUUUUUGGUUUCGGGUACAUUAGGAACAACAUCAUGUUGUUCAUAUGAUAAUCUAGAAGAAAUUGGUGAAAUAUGUCAACGUGAAAAACUUUGGUUUCAUGUUGAUGGUGCCUAUGCUGGCAGUGCUUUUCUUUGUGAAGAAUAUCGUUAUAUAAUGAAAGGUUUACAAUAUGCUGAUUCAUUUAAUACGAAUCCGAAUAAAUGGUUAUUAAUGAAUUUUGAUUGUUCAUGUUUUUGGGUUCGAGAUAAAUUUGCAUUGAUUAAUGCGAUGUCUGUUGAUCCACUUUAUCUUCAACAUAAACAUGCACAAAAAGCAGUUGAUUAUCGUCAUUGGGGUGUUGCAUUAAGUCGUCGAUUUCGUUCACUUAAACUUUGGUUUACAAUUCGUAGUUAUGGUAUUGAAGGUCUUCGUCAUUAUAUUCGAGAACAUUGUCGUUUAGCAAAAGUAUUUGCAUCAUUAAUCAAUACUGAUAGUCGUUUUGAAAUUAUCGGUGAUGUUACAUUAGGUCUUGUUUGUUUUCGUUUAAAGGGUAGUAAUAAAUUAAAUCAAAAAUUACUACUAUCAUUAAAUGAUUCGGGUUUUAUUCAUAUGGUACCAUCCAUGGUUAAUGAUAUUUAUAUCAUUCGUUUUGCUGUUUGUGCUAAAUAUGCUAGUGAUGAUGAUAUGAGUGUAGCAUUUCAUAUAAUUCAAGAACAUUCGAAGGAUGUUUUAACAGAAUAUCGUGCUCAACGUGUUGGACGAAAAUCAUCAUCGAAUGAUUCACUUGAUUUAAAUGCAAAACAAACAGGUUCUACAAAUAAUACUGAACAUGAUACAGCUGUAGCUGAAGAAACUGCUGAUCCAGAAGUAUUAGCAGAAACACCAGUUGCUCCAACAAUUUAUCCAAUAACAAAAGCUCGAGCAAAUACAAUCACAACAAUAACUCCACAUCAUCGUGUUACAUUUGAAAAACCAAUAACAAAUUUACUUAAAGACAAACGACCACGUCCAAUGUUUGUUCGUAUGGUAUCUGAUGCAAAAUUAUAUUAUCCAAAACGAACUACAUCACAAUUAUCUCGACAAGCAUCAUUAGCAACACCACGUGCACGUAAACGUAUACAAAGUGAUUCAGGUAAUCAUACAACACGAUCAUCAAGUGAAAAAUAUUUAUCACGUACAGUGAGUAUUUUAGAAACGGUUAAUUCCGAUGAAGGAGAAAUUGAUGAUAAACGAUAA